AUGGCUCUCACUACCAAGCGCGCCGAUUUCGAGGCUGUCUUCCCCAAGCUGCGUGAGGAUAUUCUGUCCCAUGCUAAGCGCUACAACCUCCCCGCCAACGCCCUUGAGUGGUUUGAGAAGGCCCUAAAUGUCAACGUUCCCGGUGGAAAGCUGAACCGCGGCCUCUCCUGUCCCGAUACUGGCCUUGCGCUACUUGGCAAGCCCCUGACCGACCAACAAUUCGAGGAUCUCAGCGUUCUGGGAUGGCUCACCGAGCUGCUCCAGGCUUUCUUCCUGGUUAGCGAUGAUAUGAUGGAUGGCUCAAUCACACGUCGUGGCCAGCCUUGUUGGUACCGCCAGGACGGCGUUGGUCUGAUCGCCAUCAACGACGCCUUCAUGCUCGAGGCCUCCAUCUACCUUAUCCUCAAGCAGCGCUACCGCUCCCACCCCGCCUACAUCGACCUCGUCGAGCUCUUCCACGAGACUACCUGGCAAACCGAGCUGGGUCAGCUCUGUGACCUGACCACCGCCCCCGAGGACAACGUCAACCUCGAGAACUUCUCCAUGGAGAAGUACAUGUUCAUUGUUACAUACAAGACCGCCUACUACAGCUUCUACCUUCCCGUUGCUCUUGCCCUCCUCUACUUGGAGCUGGCCUCCCCCGAGAACCUUAAGCAAGUCCACGACAUUCUGAUCCCCCUGGGCCAGUACUUCCAGAUCCAGGAUGACUACUUGGACAACUUCGGUGACCCAGCCUUCAUUGGCAAGAUCGGUACCGAUAUCCAGGACAACAAGUGCUCUUGGUUGAUCAACCAGGCCAUUCAGCGUGCUUCUCCUGAGCAGCGUGCCGUGCUUGAUGCCGCCUACGGCCGCAAGGACAAGGAGCAAGAACUCAAGGUCAAGGCUGUCUUCGACGAGCUGAAGCUCGAGCAGGUAUACAAGGAGUACGAGGAGAAGGUUGUCGGUGAACUCCGUGCCAAGAUCGCUGCUGUGGAUGAGAGCAAGGGCCUGAAGAAAGAGGUUCUUGAAAGCUUCCUGAGCAAGAUCUACAAGCGUACCAAAUAA